GGGGAGCGCCGAGCGGGAGCCGCAGGGCGCCGGCCCCGGAGGAGGGAGGUGGGGGUCGCGAGGGCGCGGGCCGGGCAGAGCCCCCGGGACGGCGGGGCGGGCGGCGCCCGGAGCUCGGCGGGGGUCGCGGCGAGAUGCGGCGGCCGCCGGCGGAGAGACGCGGCGCUGCGCGAGGAAGCAGGACCCGGACCGGCGAGCCCGGGGUCCGCACCUGCGUGGCGGGGAGCGGCCCCAGAGCUCUGGACAUGUGCCCUUCUCGAUGAACCCACAGUGAUCGGUUUGUUUUGCCUUCUCCCAGCUCAUGCAUACUUCAGGUCUUGGUAACCAGAAUGUUUUGUCUGUUCAGGCUCAAAGUGAUCAGUGGGACAGGAACCCCCAAGUUCAGUGCCUCAUGAUGUGUCAAGAUGAACUUAGGAAAACGGUGAGCUGUUGACUGGACUACUUCUCAGAAUCUGCUGGUACUUCUGUUUGUCUCUGGUUUUAAAAGCCCCCCAGAGGCAACCUGAAACCCAGACUCUUCUCAGAAUAGGGUGGGGGAAAUUCCGAAGUUCUUAUUAAACACAUUUAUCCCUCAAGCUUUGGAAGGAGCCAAAAUGCCAAAAGCGAGAAUCCCAAAGUACUGCCCACACUGGUGUGAUAUCCUGAUAAAUGUCUAACAAAUCCAGCAUGUGUCCCCUGGGCUUGAAUAUUUGCUGGGCAAAGUUCCAGAAUAGUGAGACAUCUUGGGAUUCAUCCGGGUUAGGAAAGACCUUUAACUACCAGCUGUCACCUCACUGUUCUUCAAAUAGUCAAGUCUUGAGGUCUUUUCACUGUGCACUGUUCUGAUGGAGGGCCCCCACCACCAUGAAGCAGAAGGAUGACCUUGUCCCGUAGGCAGGACAACUGUGAAGGGAGCUGUGUGUGUCCAAGUCUGUGGGAAGAGAGAGCCACCUAGAAUGUCCCCGCCAAACCAGUCAUUGGAAGGCCUUCUCCAGGAGGCCUCCAACAGAUCCCUGAAUGCUACAGAAACCCCAGAGGCUUGGGGUCCAGGGACACUCCAGGCCCUCAAGAUCUCUCUUGCUCUGCUCCUUUCCAUCAUCACAAUGGCCACAGCCCUCUCCAACGCCUUUGUGCUUACUACCAUCUUCCUCACCAGGAAGCUCCACACCCCAGCGAACUAUCUCAUCGGCUCCCUGGCCAUGACUGACCUCUUAGUCUCCAUCUUGGUCAUGCCCAUCAGCAUUGUCUAUACCACCACCCACACCUGGAGCUUUGGCCAAAUCCUGUGUGACAUCUGGCUGUCUUCUGACAUCACAUGCUGCACAGCCUCCAUCCUGCAUCUCUGUGUCAUUGCUCUGGACAGGUACUGGGCCAUCACAGAUGCCCUGGAGUAUAGUAAACGCCGCACAGCGGGCCGGGCGGCUGCCAUGAUUGCCACCGUCUGGGUCAUCUCGAUCUGCAUCUCCAUCCCGCCACUCUUCUGGCGGCAGGCCAAAGCUCACGAAGAGAUGUCGGACUGCCUGGUGAACACGUCUCAGAUCUCCUACACCAUCUACUCCACCUGCGGGGCCUUCUACAUCCCCUCUGUGCUGCUCAUCAUCCUCUAUGGCCGCAUCUACAUGGCUGCCCGGAAUCGCAUCCUGAAUCCGCCUUCGCUCUACGGGAAGCGCUUCACCACGGCCCACCUCAUCACGGGCUCUGCAGGGUCCUCGCUCUGCUCGCUCAGCCCCAGCCUCCAUGAGGGGCACUCCCAUACUGCCGGCUCCGCUCUCUUUUUCAGCCACGUGAAAAUCAAGCUGGCUGAUAGUGUCCUGGAGCGCAAGAGGAUUUCCGCGGCUCGAGAAAGGAAAGCCACGAAAACGCUGGGGAUCAUCCUAGGGGCCUUUAUCAUCUGCUGGCUGCCCUUCUUUGUCGCCUCUCUGGUCCUCCCCAUCUGCCGGGACUCCUGCUGGCUCCACCCAGCCCUCUUUGACUUCUUCACCUGGCUUGGCUAUCUCAACUCCCUCAUCAAUCCAAUAAUAUAUACUGUGUUUAACGAAGAGUUUCGACAAGCGUUUCAGAAAGUUGUCCAUUUUCGGAAAGCCUCCUAGUCUUAUUUGCUGAUGACUCUUGUUAUCUGUUGGGUCCUGUAACCCAACUGGAAUUGUCUUGUUUAUUUUUCCUGAGAUUUGGGUCAAUCCUGAUAUGUUGGGUUUUGGUUCGACCAAUAGAAUUGUUCAGCGUUCUUCUUCCUGUUGUCUUCUUGACUUCUGUGCCACCCAAAGUAGGGCAGCUUUGUGAAGGGUGACAAGACCAAAGAUUCCACUUAGCAUAUUUUCACGGCUCAUCCAUGUUGGGAGAAAUGUGAUCCACAGGAUUCCCCGUGGAUUCGGUUCAGACGGGAAGCUGUCCAACUCUACAGAGAGACCCUAGGUUCAAAUGGGAGGCUUUCUGGUCUACGUAAGUUUUGUAUGGAGCUCAGAGGAGGAGGGUACGUGAGGUUAAUGACCUGAGCUGAAAGAGAAUUGGAGUCAGGAUGGAAGCUCUCCAUUCCAUGUGGCACCUUGAUUAGAAAAUAACACGCAGAUCAACUACCCCCUACCCUUCCUCCUUCCCCGGUAUCUCUCCAUCACCUUAAUAUUCUGAAGUUAAAACCCACAAUUAUCCUCAAUGACAGAUUGACAGGCUUUGGACCCACCAAGCUUUGAGUGGGACACCAUUCUGAAUUUUGUUUCAUGAACUAUUUUUUUUUAUAUCCUGUUCUCAUCAGAGAUCUUAAGAUGUUGAGUCUUGUCAAAUAAAAAGCAUGAGACGUCAUGGUCAGUGAGGUCUUCAGGUAAUGUCCCCCCGCUCCCUGGCUGAACCUUUCAAUCCACUUCAGUCUCCAGCAUUUACUGAGCACCCACCACAGGCCCGGCGCUGUACUGGAGCCCUGGCAUCUCGUCUCUCACUGGAGCCUUAUGAAAGCCAGUCUUGCGAUGGUUAAAGCUGAGCAAUGAUGCCUCAGUUCAAAUUCAAGUACUACCAAUUUCUAGCUGGGUGGUCUGGGGCAAGUUUUUGAAGGCUUCUUUGCCUCACUCUCUUCAACUGUAAAAUGGGGACAAUGAUAGGUAUGUUAUUGUAUAAAAACAAUAGCCACUGUUUAUGGAGUGCCUACAAUGUUCCUUGUGCACAUUUUCUUGUUUGCUCUUCAUCCCCAUUUUAUAGAUGCAGUAGAGCAACGUUCCUAUUGUUAGGGAAGAUUUCAUAAAGAGGGGACAGACUCUCAAAAGCUGAACCUUUGUGGGAUGGGAGACUAAGGAAGGGGAGAGGGGAUGAGGCCUCUUGGGGGAGAUGGAGCGAAGCAAAGGAAGGUCAUACCAGGUGGAACAAAGAGCAGGAACAAAGACUGGGAGGUCUGUAAUGCUCAUUGGGGUCUCUGGGCACAGAGAGAAGCAUGAUAGCCAGGAAUCUGGGAUAUCAGGAAGGGAAGGAAAAGAGGGAUGCCAAAAUGGGGGGUGGGCAGGGGCAGACAGAGAAGUCUUAUGUUGACCUUGAAGUUCCUGCUGGACAUUUCACACUGUGCUCCCUGGGCCAUCUGCAUUAGAUCCAGGGAGCUUGUUAACAUUAGAUUCCUGGUCCCCAACUCAGACCCAUCAAAUCAGACCUCUGGCAGUGAGGCCUGGGAGUCUGCAUUUUAAAUAAGCCUCUCUCUGACUUCUUACAGUAGAUGAUUUCUAUCUCUCUAAAGUUUGGGAACCUCUAUGUUAGUGUCUUGCUCCCCCUGGGAGAUCCCUCCCUGAGCCCAGAGACACCUCUCAGCAUGCUCAUUGCUCUCCCUUGCACCUGGCAUGCCCUUUCCUAACCUCCUUUAAGGCUGUGCUCUCUUUCCCAUCUCC